AUGGUAUCUUCAGUCUUUGUGCUCGUCGGAGCUGUAGUCGCCUACGGCGUAUAUACCUACGUUUCCGGCCUGCAGCGGAACAUAGCAGAGGCAAAGAAAGUCGGCUUGCCAUAUAUCGUCACCCCUGCGUCACCAUUCUCAAUAAUGUGGCAGCUAACCCACAAGUUCUGGAUACCCAUCAUCAAGUCGUUCCCUAAAUCUUGGUGGGAAAACUGGCUCGAACUCCUCAUACCAAACUGGUCCUACAACCUGCUUCACAAACCCUUUGCACGCAUCGGCGAGACAUUCAUGAUCGUAUCGCCGUUCCAGAUCCUCAUCCUGACCGACAGCGCCGAAGCCAUCCAUCAGAUCACGCAACAGCGCGAAAAGUUCCCCAAGCUGGUCGAGACGUACGCCAUUCUGAAGCAGUUUGGCGACAAUGUCCUGACCACCGAGGGCGCUGUCUGGCGCAUGCACCGCAAGGUCACCUCUGCGACCUUUAACGAGAAGAACGCCUCGCUCGUCUUUGCCGAGUCGAUCAAGCAGGCGCAGAGUAUGACGCGCAAGUGGCUGGGGCCGGCCGGGGAGAAGAGCAAGGAGACCAUUCAGACGCUGGAUCACGAUACGAUGCGCCUCGCCCUCAAUAUUAUCGGCUACGUGGGGUUCGGAAUGCGUCUGCUCUGGCCGGGCCAGUCGCUACCCGAGGGAGCGGACCCGAAGCUAACGAAGUACAGCUCGCUGGAGGCGGCUCCGGGCCACACGAUGAGCUUUGCCGACGCCAUCGCCGAGAUGUUGGAGCAUAUCUUGGUUUUGCUGCUGGUGCCGCACAAGAUUCUAAAGCUCCUACCCUUCAAGUACACCAAACAGGCCAUCGACUCGCACGACAAUUACGUGCAGUACAUUGACGAGCUAAUGCAAGACAAGAUUGAGGAUCUGCAGAACGGCGACCACGGCGACGGCGACGCCGGUAUGGACCUCAUGGGCCAGCUUGUGAAGUCAAAAUACGGGAAUGGAGCGGACGCCAACGGCGGCAUCAGCGCAAUGCAGUCCAAGGGGAAGGAGUCCAAGAUACCUCAGCUAUCUAAAUCGGAAAUCUCGGGCAACGCCUUCAUCAUGUUAGUCGCGGGACACGAGACGACGGCGAACGCGAUGCACUUUGGGCUGAUCGAGAUCGCCUGUAACCCGGCUGUGCAGCGGCUGCUUCAGAAGGAUAUCGACGGCAUUUUUGGCGACAGCGAUCCCAGCACGUGGAACUACGAGAGCACAGUCAGCCCGAUGCUGGCCUCCAUGCUGGGCGCCUGCAUGAACGAGACGCUCCGGAUGACGCCGGCGGUCGUGGAGAUACCAAAAAAGGUCAGCCCGGAGGGCGACGGCAUCAUCACGCUGGACGGCGAGAAGUACGUCUUGCCGAAAGGCGCAGACAUCUCCAUCGUGGGCGUGGCGGCGCACCGCAACCCGCGCAACUGGCCGUCGAAGCCGAGCAAGAUGACGGGCGCGGACCACGAUCUGGACGACUACGCGCCGGAGCGGUGGUACCGGGCCAGCUUGAAGGCGGCAGCCGACGUCAAGAGCGGCGGCGACGUGGAGGAGGACUACGGCGGGUACAGGGGGUCAGACACGAGCGAGAAGAUGUUCCGGCCGGUGCGGGGGUCUUACGUGCCCUUCUCGGAUGGGCCCCGGUCGUGUCUGGGGCGGCGUAUCGCGCAGGUCGAGAUCAUUGCUGCGCUCUCCGUUGUGUUUCAGCGGCACAGUCUCGAGCUGGCGGUGGAUGAGUGGGCUUCGGACGCCGAGGUCGAGGCGAUGAGCCUCGAGGAGAGGCGGAAGCUGUAUAAGAAAGCGCAGGACAAGUGCCGGGAGACUGUCAAGAAGGCGUCGACCAUGUUGACGCUGAAGUUGCCGCAGGGGAUGACCGUUCCUAUUCGGAUCGUGCCUAGGGGGGAAGAAAGGUUUCUCAACUUUGUUGAUCCUGCUUAG